AUGCUGCCGGCACGACGACGAUCCUUAGUCGUUAAAAUAUUAUUGCUGAUACCCGCCGUAUGGUUCUUCGUGCUUAUUUAUUUUGCUUCAUCCGAUGGGCGAGAGUCAAAGCCUCAUGAGCCCGGGGUAGUCGAGCCGGUUAAGGUUGUUGAUGAUAUAGACAAGCGUUUUGGUCAAAACAAUCACGUGGAUGUAAAACCAAAUCAAGACAUCCAUGGAAAUUACGACGGACAACGGCAGAUGUUGGCUCCGCGCUUUAUUGUCGACCCAAAUGACCCCAUUUACCGGCGUGGAGAUUCAUCCCAAGCUGGAGAAGAGGGACAUGCUGUCAAUGUCGACAAGACGAAACUGUCCAAAGAAGAGAAGACCAAGUACGAUUUGGGCUUCCAGAACAACGCUUUCAAUCAAUAUGCAUCCGAUAUGAUUUCAAUCCACCGAACGCUUCCCAAGAAUAUCGAUGAAGAAUGCAAAAUCGAAAAAUACGCUGAAGAUUUGCCCGAUACGUCUGUUAUCAUUUGUUUUCAUAAUGAAGCAUGGAGUGUUCUAUUGAGGACAUUUCAUUCGGUGCUGGAGCGAACGCCUGAUGUGUUUUUGAAUGAAAUCAUCUUGGUCGACGAUUUUUCCGAUAUGGAGCAUACAAAAACGCCACUUGAAAAUUACGUGUCUCAAUAUCCGAAAGUCAAGAUUCUCAGGAUGGAGAAACGAGAAGGCCUGAUCAGAGCUCGUCUUCGAGGAGCUGCAGUCGCCAAAGGCAAAGUGCUUACUUAUUUGGACUCUCAUUGCGAAUGCAUGGAAGGUUGGAUUGAGCCUCUGCUUGCUCGCAUCAAGAAGGAUCCCUCAAUUGUCGUUUGUCCAGUAAUUGAUGUGAUUGAUGAUAACACUUUUGAAUACCAUUACAGCAAAGCAUACUUCACCAACGUUGGCGGAUUCGAUUGGGGACUUCAAUUUAACUGGCAUGCCAUUCCAGAGCGAGAUCGCAAAGGGCGACGAGCAAUUGAUCCAGUCAGAUCACCUACUAUGGCUGGCGGUCUUUUUUCGAUUGAUCGGGGAUAUUUUGAGAAACUUGGUACUUACGAUCCAGGCUUCGAUAUUUGGGGUGGAGAAAAUCUGGAACUUUCGUUCAAGAUCUGGAUGUGUGGCGGUACCUUGGAAAUCGUUCCUUGUUCUCAUGUUGGUCAUAUCUUCCGCAAACGAUCGCCCUACAAAUGGCGAACUGGUGUUAACGUGUUGAAACGGAACUCUAUUCGGUUAGCUGAAGUUUGGCUUGACGAAUACAAAGAGUACUACUACGAACGAAUCAAUCAUCAGCUUGGUGACUUUGGGGAUAUUAGUCAACGCAAAGCUCUCCGUGAACGACUGGAAUGCAAAUCAUUCAAAUGGUAUCUCGACAAUAUUUUCCCUGAAUUGUUUGUGCCUGGUGAAAGCAUUGCAAAAGGAGAGGUGCGUAACUUGGGCGGCGAUGGUCGAAAGUGUCUGGACUGCAUGGUGAACAAACACGAUAAGAACAAGCCAGUCGGGUUGUAUCCGUGUCACGGCCAGGGCGGAAAUCAGUGUGUGGAUGGAGUGGCCGAGGAGGGCGAGCAAAAGCCUCUCGGUCUUUAUCCUUGUCACGGACAGGGGGGGAAUCAGUAUUGGAUGUAUUCAAAAGAUGGUGAAAUUCGUCGUGAUGAGAGUUGCAUUGAUUACGCUGGAAGUGAUGUGAUGAUUUUCCCAUGUCACGGAAUGAAAGGCAAUCAGGAAUGGAAAUAUGAUCACAACGGAUCACGUUUGACGCACGUGGUAACAGGAAAGUGUCUUGAGAUGUCCAAAGACGGAGCUCGUUUGAUGAUGUCCGGCUGCGACGAUGGAAACGCUUAUCAAAAGUGGCGCUUCAAAGAAUACAGCGAAGAGAAAGCCCGCGAACACAAUAGACAA